AACCAACCAGCUUGGCAGCAGCCGAGCUCCGCCCGGGACGGCGCGAGACGAGACCCCGCCCCACGCCCAGCUGUGCUCGGCUCCCUCCGCCAGUGGGCGUGGCCACACCCGUUUGACGUCACGCCCACACCAAAAAAAAGAGAAAGAAAAAGAGGUUGGUUUCGGGCAUGCGCGUUGGAAGGGAAGCGAUCGUAGCCGGUGCCAGCUGGAGCAACACUUCUACGGCGCAGCGUCCGCGCAAAGCCGAACCCUGCAGGGCGGGAUGAUCGUCCGCCCGGGAUCCGUCAUCGACCCGGACUGGCACGGCACGGAAGAAGGCAGAGCUUACUCGGGCGCGCUCUUGCGCCGGACGCAACGUCGAACCUUCGGACUGAUCGAGAGACCCGUGCUGGCUCCGCACGCGGCUGCCGACGUAGCCGCUUACAAGGUCUUUGUCUCGGGCAAGAGCGGCGUGGGGAAAACCGCUUUGGUGGCCAAGCUGGCCGGUCAGGAGGUGCCCCUGGUGCAUCACGAGACUACAGGGAUCCAGACCAGCCUCGUCUACUGGCCAGCAAAACUGCGAGAGAGCGGCAGGGUGCUCUUCUUCAGGUUCUCCUUCUGGGACUGCGGCGAAGCCGUGCUGAGAAAGUUUGACCAUGUUUUACCCGCCUGCAGAGAGAAAGCGGACGCCGUCCUCUUCUUGUUCUCCUUCACGGAUCGCGCGUCCUUUCUCGACCUCCCUCACCAAAUCUCUCGUGUGACGGAUGGAGCCGGGGAUGUGGUCCGAAUGGUUGUGGGCACCAAGUUUGACCAGUUUGCCCACACGGAUGUGACGGAAUCGGACAUGGCGGCUUUCUCCCACACCUGGGGUUUGCCGAUUUUGCGGACAAAGAGCGUCGCCGAGCGGCACUCGGACGGAUACGCUGGCCUAGCUGAGGUGGCCCGUCUCUUGAACAGGCUCGCCGAACAUCUAUGGAGGCAGGACCAGGUCGCAGCUGGCCUAGUCCCUGGAGGGGAGAGCCCUGUGGUCCCAGAAGGCCUGGCUCCAUAAAAUCCUAAUUCUGCUGCAUGGGUUUCCUUUCAGCAGAACUGCUUAAUGGCUCUUAAUGGCCUUUAAACCCCAAUUUUUUUAAAUCUGCUGACAGGGAAGCCCCUCGGGCCAAAUUCUGGGUUCCCUCGGUGGUAAAAGUGCAUUAUAGCCGAGGUGGUGCAGUGGUUAGAGUGCAGUACUGCAGGCUACUUCAGCUGACUGCUAGCUGCAGUUCGGCAGUUCGAAUCUCACCAGGCUCAAGGUUGACUCGGCCUUCCAUUCUUCCGAGGUGAAUAAAAUGAGGACCCAGAUUGUUGGGGGCGAAAGGCUGACUCUGAAAACUGCUUAGAGAGGGCUGGGAAGCAGUAUAUAAAUCUAAGUGCUAUUGCUAUUUUCCCUCCCUCCCUCCCUCCCUCCUUCCUUCCUUCCCUCCUCCCUCCCUCCCUCCCUCCUUCCUUCCUUCCUUCCUUCCUUCCUUCCUUCCUUCCCUCCCUC